UCUUUCCUCUUUUGUGUUUCAGUCACUUGAGAACUACGAAAACAGUAUAUCCGGAUUGAAAAAGAAAUCGUUAGUGGAAGAAGAAGUUGCGAGAUGUCAUCGUCUACGGCGGCCAAUCAAGUGAGGGCAUCUCACAUACUCAUCAAACACCAAGGCUCUCGCCGCAAGGCUUCUUGGAAGGAUCCAGAAGGUCGAUUCAUCUCCACUACCACCAGAGACUCCGCCGUCUCGCAGCUCAAGCUCCUCCGUGACGAUAUCGUUUCCGGCAAGGCUAAGUUCGACGAGGUUGCCUCACGCUACUCCGAUUGCAGCUCCGCUAAACGCGGCGGUGAUCUCGGUCCUUUUGGUCGAGGCCAGAUGCAGAAGCCGUUCGAGGAUGCAACUUAUAAUCUCAAGGUUGGUGAAAUAAGCGACAUUGUGGAUACUGACAGCGGGGUUCACAUCAUAAUGAGAACAGGUUGAUUAUUGGUGAUGAAGCCUGGAUAUUGUGAGCAAUUAAUUUAGUCUGUUCGGAAAAUCUAUCGGUGAACAUUCUGAAACCGCUUCUGAUAAUGCCUAUGGCUAAUUUCAUCUAGUGCUGUUUUACAC